GUUAAAGCUGUUGUGAGUGUAAGUCCUGAUAAUCACGUGUUCAGAGGAGAGACUGUGACUCUCAGAUGUGACAUACGGCUAGAAGGAGACACUGGGUGGACAUACAGCUGGUAUAAGGAUGGCAACAGUAUCUACCCAUACGUCACAUCCAAUACAUACACAUUCAACUUUGUUGUACAGUAUGACAGUGGUACAUACACCUGCAGAGGGUACAGGGGAAGAGACUCUCAGAGCUCAGAGAUCAGUAAUGCUAUUACAUUAACUGUGUCAGUGAUACCCCAGGCAGUACUGAGUGUGUCUCCCCAGAUCUGGCUGACUGAAGGAGACUCAGUGAGUCUAAGCUGUGAGGUCAGAGACUCCUCUACAGGCUGGACAUUCAGCUGGUACAGAGCUGUUCCCUACAGAGAAUGUGUAACUCCAGUAACAGACAUUCAUGACUCUGUGAGGUAUUGUGUUGAGCUCCUCUCAGACAGCAUCAGAGGAGCUGGAGGCUCCUACACUCUCAGUCCUGCUGCUCUACAUCACACAGGAGUUUAUGUGUGCAGAGCAGAGAGAGGAGAACCAGCCUAUCAGACACAGUACAGUAACACACAGCCACUAUGGAUCACUGGUCUGUCUCCUCCAGACUCUCUGAUCAUCAGUCCCAGCAGAACUCAACACUUUAGUGGUGACUCUCUCUCACUGAGCUGUGAGGGACAGAGUGACUCUCCUGGAUGGAGAGUGAGACGAUACACACACAGUGGGAAUGUGUCAGAUUGUUCAUCACUCUGGGGAUCAGUUACAGGAUCUACAUGCACCAUCGGAUACCUCUACACAUCCCACACUGGAGUGUACUGGUGUCAGUCUGAAUCUGGAGGGAGCAGCAAUCCUGUUAACAUCACAGUGCACAAUGGUGAUGUGAUUCUGGAGAGUUCUGUCCAUCCUGUGACUGAGGGAGAUCCUCUGACUCUACACUGUUUACUUCACCCCAAUAUCACAUCACACCUCAGAGCUGAUUUAUAUAAAGAUGGAUCACUCAUCCAGACCCAGACUGCAGGAGAAAUCACCAUCCAUACUGUCUCAAAGUCAGAUGAGGGUGUCUACUACUGUAAACACCCAGAGAGAGGAGAGUCACCACACAGCUGGGUCUCAGUCAGAGCAGUUAAACCUACACCUAAACUCACAUCAAGCCUUAAAGGAGCUGCACUGGUGGGAAACCCAGUGACUCUGCACUGUAAGCUGGACCAGCCUGCUGGAUGGAGCUUUUACUGGUCCAGACGCACACAGAACCCUGAGAAUGAGACCAACACUGCAACAAACUCCUACACCAUCAGCUCAGUGGCGCCCUCUGAUGGAGGCCAGUACUGGUGCAGAGCUGGCAGAGGAAACCCAGUCUACUACACAAACUACAGUGAUGUACUCUGGGUAAAUGUUACUGCUGGUGAUUCCUCCUCUCUUGGCCUGUUUGGUUUGGCUGUGGGACCGAGUUUGGUUGUGUUCUUCAUCUUACUGACCCUGCUGUGGUCCCACAAAAACAACAAAGGUCUGAGAUCAGCUGCAGAAUCUCUGUGUCGCUGUCCUGGGAGUCAGUCAGACAUCAAUCAGACAUCAGAUCAGACCCAGAGAGAGUCAGGAGAUGACCUCAGUGAUGUCACUUAUGCUCAGGUCAUGAAACACAACAAGAAAAGCAGGAAUAAAGACACUGGUGCUGGACCCAGUGAAGUCACUUAUGCUGAGAUCAAACUGAAACCGAAACAGAAAGCAAAGAAAAAAGAAGAGAAGAGCAGUGUGGGGGCAGACACUGUGUACUCAGAGCUGAGGCAGGACUCACACAAAGGUCAGAGCUCCAAGAUCUAUGGCAUCAUUUCAGAGGUUGUUGAGGAACAGCACAGACUGCUGGGAAACAGAGUUCAUCCUCCUAUGUUACUCGCUAAAGCCAAAUACUCACGUCUACAACAGGAAGGUGUUUUAUAACAGAUGGAGAUGUAACAGGUUGGCGGUAAAAUAUCUUACAGUGAAAGUGUAGUUUCACCAAAAUUAACAUACUAGUCUCACUCUUAGUGUAGAAAUGCUUGAUAACAUUAUAAUUGUUUUGUUUGUUUGUUUUGUCAUGUGAAUCCAAAUAUGAUGUGUGCUGGUUGUAGCAUAAACAUUCCAGGAGAAUCAGAUUCAGUGGUGUUGGAGUUCCUUCUCUGUAGAGGAGAUAAGUGUGUGAGUUCUGUGGGGCUUCACAGCCAACAGACC